AUUUGUAAUCAAGCCGCCAACAUCAAUUACCACACAAAAAGAACUGAUUCAAAUAUAAAUGUAUUAAAAAGGAACAAAAAAAAAAGUACAAAAUAGUCGAAACAUCUUAAAUAAAUCACCAAAACCAUGUUUUUUUUCAGGUUUCCGAUGUUAACGAUACCAGUUCGGUGGCUGAAGAAGCUGAACUUGGUGACGAAAGCGAAGCCAAUCCAUCACCGCCGAAAACCAGACGUUUAAAUAGGACAUCGCCUUGGAAAAUCCAGUCCACAUCUGUUCUCUCGAGGAUACAGAUGGAUUUCGUAUUUCUGUACCUUUGUGAAAAACUGUACUUGGGUUCAACUGUUCGUCGACGAAAUUCGAACGACACCCGUAUAUUGGUAGAAGGAAUUCUACGUCUGGAGGAAAUGCGGGAUUCCCCAUCCGAGAGUUUAUCACUAAAGUCACGGCAACGCUGUUCUAACAUUCUGGAUGUCAUUACAUUGGACAUCAAGGAGAGUAUACAAAACCAAAGUUUUCUGCAGAAUUACUCUUCACUUUUUGUGAAACAUAUUAACGCCUUCAACACAUCAUAUUGUAAGCAGACCAAGAACGUUAAACUGGUUACGAUGUUGACUACAUCUAAACACUUAUCGAUAGUCUGGCGGGCGCAGCUAUGUGGAAAUAUAGUGUGUUCUACACUCAAGUCCCUAUCACCUUGGGACCUGUCCUCUUCAAGACUUUCUGUGGUUCAUUAUGAUGUCAUCGAAAACAUGACGUCAGAAACAAUAUGGUUGUUUCUUCAGGAUUCCUGCGUCGAAUGCCGAGAUAUUGUUACAGAGAUGUUAGAAACGUGCCUUGCCUGUACGUGCAGAGUGAUGAGCGAGCUGGUAUUUGACGUGUUUAGAAAACUAAAAGGCAGUUUGUACUACUUCAAACAUAACACAAUCAUGCUAAAGCUAUUCCUAAAUCAUGUGAGCGUGUCCAACACUUACGCAUGUCUAUCAAAAGACGAGAUCUUCGAUGAAAUUCUUACAAUUGGCAAGCGUAGUGGAGUCCAAUUCCAGAUCGUUGCAUUUCAGAACUGGGAACUCAUUUCACAAAAGCUUGAUAGGCAUCACCUAUCAAAGAUUCUUAGCACGAUACUCUCAUCGUUUGAUCCACAUUCACCCUGUGAAUUUAUUGAUGCCCUGAUGGUGUAUCUUCGUGCUAAAUGCCACCAUGACAUAGAAUGUAUGGAAUUCAUCACAGUCCUGCCACCAGGUCUAAUCCGAACAAUGGCUCACGAAUGCGUUUACGUAAACGCCGAUCACUACUCUUGUCAGGUACUCUUUCAGGUCGCAAAGUUGGCAGUAGAAGAAGACCUCACUUCACUACCUUCAAGUCAAAUCUUAUGUGAAAAGAGUUAUAACUUACUUCAAAAAGCAUUUGACAAAUGCUACAUUGCGAUAAACAACCAUAUCCAACGUUCGGUGUCCAACAUCCUGAAUUGGUUCUUCCAUAGGAUAACAAAGGUGGGAACAGAAGAGCGUGCGGAAGGGUCCCAGUUCAAAUCCUUCAUGCAUUGGAUAGGGUAUGUGUUCCGGUAUGAUCAAGAGAUCCAGCGAUCAUUUCUUUCGCAAAUGCAACACUCUCCACCUCUGCUGUCCGCCAUCGGGAAGUAUACGUCAUCAGGUGACAACAGCAUUAAUCCCUGCUGGCAUGAUUACUUCGAAGUAUUGUAAUUUACACUGUAUCAAAAAGGUUAAACAAAAUAUUACACUAUCAAGAAUAACAAAAAAGUGCGGUGUCUAGAUUUUCUUUGUCAUAACAUGUGUUGCAGUAGCAAUAAAAGUACUGACUGUUUAAAUACAAGUGAAACAACUUAAUGCAUGGUCCUUUAUCCAGGAACAAAAUCAGUAUCAGUGCUGAGUUUAAAAUGAUAAUCACCACUGAAGCAAGUGACAAAGAUCAAAUUUUAAGAUUUUCUUUUAUCCCUAACUAAAUUCCUAGUUAGUCUGGGUCCUGAAAUAUUGUAAUUACACAAAAAUGUAUGGCGUCCUAGCUUAUCUGGCUGACAGUUUAAUAAGCAAAAGAAGAGAGAAUCCUUUACUUACUCCAAUUCUAACAAUACGGUGCGUACAGAUUGUCCUGAUUUAAGCAACAAGGGCGAGAAUACACAUGUAUUCAAAAGAAAAGAACAGAUUCCUCCU